GUUGUCGGUCACUAAUUGUAGAUAAAGCAAGCCAGCCCAACUGAGUUGCUAAUUCAAGGACAAAGACACUUUAGUGUGACUCCACUCAUGCAAGCCUUUGUUUUCCCAUAGAAGAAUUCCGAUUGGCAGAAUUAGAACCGUGCAGAGCUUAAAAGGGGAUUCCGAGUCAUCGAUAGAGCUCUUCACGGCUUUUCAACAGAAUGACCACGGAUGCUUGUCGAUUAGUGGACGAAAAACAUCUGGUUAGAAUUGUGUGUUUAAAAGUGAGAGUACAAAGAAAAACGAGACAAUACAAGGCGCGCAGGACAUCGUGAAAUUCUGAAUUUGAACGAAGAAACAAGUUAUUGAAUUGCUUUAGGGGGAACCCCGCCGCGACUCGGAUUCGAUUCACAAGCUAAUUGAAAUUUGCGAUCACAUCGGGACGUACUGUGGCCAACGCGGACCUUUGAAUCGAUUAUCCGUGUAAAAAAUGGCUAAUCAAACAGAAUCGACGACAAAACCGCUCAGCGAAGCAAUACCUUUGGGUAUCCUUGGCGUUUUAAUUACGUUGGAAAAUCUCCUGGUCUGCUUUCUGGUGUAUCGCUUCCGCAAAUUGCGAACUUUCACAAACGGUUUUAUAGUGUCUUUGGCCCUUUCAGAUAUCCUCUUUGGUGUUGUGUUAAUUCCAGUGAACAUAGCGGACCAAUCCAACCCUGCCAGAGGAUAUCUGGUGUCGCUUAUUCUUUUUGCGAACGUUACCAAUUUGUUUGCGGUAACGCUGGACCGCUAUUUAGCCGUUAUGAACUCGCUGCGAUAUUCUUACACGAUGACUAGACAUUUUGCCAAAAUCUUGCUCACGGCCUGGAUUUUACCCAUUCCAUUGAGCCUUCUACCGUUGAUCUGGGGCAACGAGAAAGGUACAACUGCAGAAAAAGUCUAUCUGUUCUUCAUUGUAGGCGGUGUUGUAGUUCCUUACAUUUUCAUCCUGUUCGCCUACAUCAAAAUCUUCCGUGAAGUCGCGCGACAGGUAAAGAACCUUGCAAAACUUGCAACUUACGAUAAUCAACAACAGACUGCUCGCGAAGGUAAACGAGUCACUGGCGAGGGGCGCGUGGCUAGAGUUUUCGCUAUGAUAGCAGGUAUCUUCGUUAUAAGCUGGAUGCCUGUGUUCUUCAUGACCGCCGCGGAUGCUUUACAAAGAGACGAUAUCAUUCCACCUGUACUCUGGACAGUUUCGUGGUACACCAUGACAGCAGGGUCGCUGUUGAACGCCGCGGUGUAUGCGUUUUUCAAGCGCGACUUCAGGAACGCGUUUCUGCGUCUUUUCCGAUGCCGCACGGUUUCUUUCGGUCGACAUAUUUCUGAGGAGGCUAUUUCAGGCACAUCACUAAACUGAACGAAAUAUUGGCGGUUUUGCUUUUAGAUUACUAAUUGUCCUGCUGUUUUUUCCUUUCGAAUUUGAUAUGUUACUACGACUUGAUAUUAAUAUCUCGUUUGGUUUUUUGCGACCAGGGUGGCAUAAAUCUUUAAAAAGUCUUGUUUUUUUCUUUGCAGAAAAGAGAAAAAUUGAAAUAUUUGUGUUACAGUUUUUGACUGGGCUGGUGACACCUUGAUUCCCUAUAAAGCUUUUAUGAAAUGAAUUUAAAACUCAAUAUGAAUUGUGAUUUACUUUGAAAUCAUUCGUGUUUUAUAUAAUCAUAAGGAAAAUACAGUUAGAAGCCUACAUAUUGGCACGAUUUCUCUAAAACAAGAAAUACAAUUGCGAAAUCCUAGAUAGCUUUUCAUUUUUGUAAAGAGUAUUUAAAAAGCCUGUUAAAUAGCCUUUGAACUGACAUUUUGGUAAAAAAUUCGCUAGAAUAUUAAAAUCUGUAAUGUCAACUGUAGCUAAACUACAAAAGAACCGCCGACUUAAAAGCUUGCUUUUUAAUACAAAAAUCAAUACAGCAUGUUCAUGAAAUAAACUGAGUUGGAGAAAGGUGGUAUUGUGUAUUCUUGCAAACAAACAAAAGCGAAGUAUUUGCUCAUGAACAGCGAGACAAUGCUUUGAAAUCAUUACGGUCGACUUUAAUAAAUGAUUGGCAAGGAUUUGCCAUGAUUGCGAGAUUAACUGGGAUUUUUCAGCUCUCUAUGCAAAGGAGGCCUCAAUUGCUUAAUUAUCUCUACACAUUGAAAUGUUAACGUGAUUAAU